AUGGAAAUGUGCGACAACGGCGUCAAGAAUAAACCUAGAAAUAACCAAAAGACCUUCAAAGGUAUUCCAAGCAAUAAUGUUCGUAAAAGGACAAAGCCACCAUUACCAGAAACCUCCGUCGGGAACUGCUUCUUCGUAGCAGAAAUAGAAGAGAUUAAUGACAGUAGUACAAACAUGGACUUAUUACAAACAUCGGUGGUUCAGCUAAGGCAAGCUCUUGAAUUAUUUUCAAAGGAACGUGCUCAUGAACUUGAAGAUAAAAAUAAUGCUUUGUCAAUACUAAGUGAUGGAUGGAAGAACAUAGAAUUGGCUUACAAGGAGGGCAUAGAUUUCUAUAUGUGCUCGAGCUGGUGCCGUUUCGAGUUUUAUGAAGCAGAUUUUGGGUGGGGAAAACCCAAGUGGGUGAGUAUCCCGUCUACGAAGGUAAAUAAUUCUAUUGUUCUAAUGGAUACGAGUGACGGAAAAGGAAUAGAAGCAUGGGUGACUUUGAGUGAACAAAAUAUGGCCUUCUUGGAGAGAAACCAAGAAUUGCUUGAUUUUGCAUCCUUAAAUCCAGCUAUCAUAUAA